UAUUGUGAAGGUUGAUUAAAAGGGGCCUGCGGAGACAUGUUCAGCCAAACGGUUUCAAUCCCCCUGCUAUGCCGGCAGCCUUCGAUCCUCUCUCAGCUUCCUAGUAUCAAAACUGUGCCGUCAUCGCAGUUUUCUCCUGCCAAGUUGGCAAGUGCUCCGAAAUGGCGACCUCUUGGAGACAGAGACGGACAAGCGCCCUCGUGUUGGCUAUCUCUGUUGUCUUAGCAGGACUGUUCUUCGACUCUGCGGAAGCCAAAUGCUACUGCAUGAAAGACUGCGCAAAAAGACCCAACGCUAUCACCACCGCGUGCACCUCCGGUAUCUGUGAGUACACUUGUGAGACUGGGUGGUCCAACUGCGACAACAACUGGACCAACGGCUGCGAGAAGAACACUUACAGCGACGUCAAUGCUUGCGGGCAGUGCGGCCGACAGUGCAUUCCAUACCACGUCGAGACCGUCAUAACCACGUGCGUCAAAGGCACAUGCACUUACACCUGCAAGGCCGGGUUAUCCGACUGCAACAACUGGCUAAAUGACGGCUGCGAGUCCAGGCUGCCAUACAACGACGACUUGCGCUUCUGCGGCUCCUGCACAACGCCAUGUCUCAUGGAUCUGCCGAAUGCGGUGUCCAAGUGCACUAGGGGUGUGUGUGGCUACACCUGCAACCCCGGGUGGGUGAAUUGCGACAACAACUGGGCCAACGGCUGCGAGAAGCGCACCAGUUGCUCCUAGUUUCGCGUUUCGCGAAAUCGCGAACGCUGGCGACAUCUCCAUACCACAUCCUGGUAAAGACAGUGCCUAUCAAGCAAAUUUUUCUACGAGGAAGACGUCGAGUGACUGUGUCGUCGAGCUUCGAAGUGCUCACCUGUGCAACGAUCGAUCGAGGCUGGGAAUGUGCGAAACCUGCACUCCAUGAUCGGAAGAAUAAUAUUAUUAAUAAUAAUAAUACUGUCCUGAAUCGAUUGUCAAGAAUUCGCCGCAACUCCGCAAUUGGGAUCCAGGCUUUGUGAGGGCAUCUAUCAUCCAUUCAGACGAAGCUUUUUGAACUUCAGGGUGGUCUCCCCUUCAUCUACCCCCAGAAAACCUGUGCAAAGCUCGCAGUUUUGUUGCCAUGUCCUACAGUAGUAGAAUAAAUCAAUAAAUCAAUAGCUUUCGCUUCUUAGAUGUGUAUCAUUUCAUGGGUCCUAUCAAAUUUCGUUGGCUUCUUGUAAUAAUAAAACAAAAUAAAAACAAUAAACGUUGUCAUGAUGCAGGUA